AUGAGCAAAAUAAAGGAACGCGUCCUGAGGGCGCAGGAUGAUGAGUGUAAGACAAGCCAUCGCGACAAACAGCGUGUUUCGGUGGUUACGAAUGCCACGCGAAAGUCGGGCAAGCCUGGGGUUACUGACGUGAAAGGUGCUGUCGGUUCUGUUUUGUUGACCCCGCCAGAUAGUGAAGCUGUGAGGAGAAAACUUGAGAGUCAAAAGGGAGUUCUGGGCAAGAGCAGUGGUAAAAUCGAGUUCAUUUUUUAUAAGAUACUUCUCUGUGUCUUGUACAUGUUGUACGCGUGCGCGCGUUAUACGCAAUACCACUACAAUCGAGCCAAGAUUCUGAUUUUGAACCUCGCGUACAGUCCGUCGAAUACGCCGCAGCUGAUUCGGCAGGAUGUGCUAAAACUUCAAAAAUUGCCCAAGCGCUUAGCCGCAAUAGUUGAGAAAAAGCGCGAGGGCGACGUUGGCGGCGGCGUGAGUGGCGUACUCAACGAUGGUAGCGAUCUUGUUGCCUGGACCAUCUCAGCUGGCAUAAAACACCUCGCGCUAUAUGACUUCGACGGCCAUCUCAAACGCAACGUCGACGAAUUUCGCAAGAGCGUUUUCCACAAGUUAACGAAGUACUACGAUCCAAGCAAUGUUCCCAAGUUUGCUAUACGAAUCCCACAAUGGAACAAGGUAUACUUCAACGCCCCCGGCCAAGAGGCAGACGAUACGACCUCGAAAAAGGUUGCCAUCGAGAUUUCCCUGCUGUCCAACCGCGAUGGCCGCGAAACCAUUAUUGAGCUCACCAGGACCAUGGCUGACCUAUGUGCGCAGAACGAAAUGCAGCUCUCAGACAUCACUAUGAAGCUGAUCGACUCAGAGCUGACCCAGCUCGUCGGCCACGAGCCUGAUCUCCUACUCUACUUUGGCCCCAACCUCGACCUGCAAGGGUUUCCACCUUGGCAUAUCCGUCUCACCGAGUUUUACUGGGAGCAGGACAACGACCAGGUGACCUACUCUGUUUUUAUUAGGGGCUUGAAGAAGUACGCCGCUUGCAAGAUCAACGUGGGGAAAUAA